AUGUUGCGUGUUCUUGCGCAGUCGGGACGAGGCGCCUACUACAAAGCCCUGUACGGAGGCGGGCGGAACAAGCGGCGACAAAACGACGAGCUCUAUGGCUCCGGUCACCGGCCCUUCACCGAUGACGCUGACAGCUACGCCGCCUCUAGAACGCCGAGUCUGCCCCGAACUGCUGGAGGAGGCGGCCUCCGUGCUGAGCUUCAACGACUCGAAGGAAAGCCAUAUCCUGCCUACAAGGACCUGACUGGCGAGUGGCAACUUGAGGAGUUUCAGCUGUUCAUCGACAAGGUGCAGUCAGACCCGUUCGCGCCGCCCAGCAGGUUUCGUCUUCGCAUCCAUCAACGGCAUGCGCAAUUCCCUCGACGGCUGUUCGAGAGCGAGAUAAGAAACAUUGCGCUCUGUGAUUUCCUCACUCGCGCGUUUCACCAAGCGAUUCGGAGAUCGGGAAUCGACCAAGCGGCUGAAAGCGGCGGCUGGCACGGGAGCAAGGGAGGGGAUAUUCGCAUUGACCAGCCGAGUCAGCACGUUUUGCGGCGGACAUCGAUCAUCAUAACAGAGGACUCCAUCGAGGCCCGGUGCAACGUUUCGCUCCCGGCUCGCGGUCGGUCGAUUGAGGGGCGGCGGGCAGCCCAGCUUCUAUGCGAACGCCUUCCUGCAGUGGCACGCGCAGCUAUGUACUAUUCCAGUUUGAAAGCAGCGGAGGUGGAGGCCCACGUCCAAAGCGUAGAAGACCAAGAGUACCUGCGAAAGAGUCUAGCUUCCAAAGGACUGGUUGCAUUCGUAAUCAACGGCGCCUGCUUGCCUCGCCGCUCCGGGGUUGACGACCGCCCUCUUACGCAUCAGCAGGACGCCCACCUCGUCUUAUUUCAGUCGCCACCUUCCUUAGAAGUGCAAAUCGAGCUUCCAAAUCGCGGUCAAGUUAGAGGAAUGGGCAUCCCCGCUGGCAUCACCCUAAUUGUGGGAGGAGGCUUCCACGGGAAGUCAACACUUCUGGAAGCGUUACAGUGGGGUGUGUAUAACAAGAUCCCCGGUGAUGGACGCGAGUUCGUAGUCACUGAUCCAGGAGCCGUGAAGAUUCGUGCUGAAGACGGGCGGGCGGUUACUUCUGUAGACAUAAGCCCCUUCAUCAGUAAUCUGCCGUUCGGCAAAUCCACGGAACGAUUUUCCUCGGCGGAUGCCUCUGGUAGCACGUCACAAGCUGCCAACAUCAUUGAAGCCCUCGAGUUAGGGGCAACGACCCUGCUUGUGGACGAAGACACAUGCGCAACAAACUUCAUGAUUCGAGACACGCGAAUGCAAGCGCUCGUCGCUAAAGAGAAAGAACCAAUCACGCCUUUCCUUUUCAAAAUCAGACCGUUGGUCAACCAGUACAAAGUAUCGACGAUCAUCGUUGUUGGCGGCAGUGGCGACUUCUUCGAAGUUGCCGAUAACGUUAUCAUGAUGGAUAAUUAUCAGGCAUACUGCGUCACGGAGAAGGCAAAGGAAAUAGCCACGGUAUUCAAGGCAAGCGUGGGAACACACAACGAGUGUCCAACGGCUCAGACACCUGGGAACACGGUUGACGCCGCCUUUGGACAGUUUCGGCAUCGAAUCCUGGAGCGAGGUUGUCUGCAUCCAAAGGGGAAGGUUAAGGCAGCUGCGCGGCGGACUAUAAGCUAUGGUGCUACAGAAAUCGAUCUCAUGUUCAUUGAGCAGCUCGCAGAAGCCUCUCAAACCCGAGCGAUAGCCCGGUGCCUUCAGCGCCUUGGAGAGAAUACCGAAGGCAAUGUAGUGAACGGCGAGAGGACGCUGAAAGAAAUACUCGAUUCUCUAUCACGCAUCACUUCCAGCACCGGGAGCUCUGGUAUCGGCCACAACGGCCUUGACGCACUCGCGGAUAACUGGUGUCCAGCGGUACGUCGUUGUUUCGCUUUCUCUGUCUCUGCCAAUCAUAUGAAGAUCGGCUUCUCCAUCAACAGGCUUCGAACGUUACAGAUAAGAGCAAUGCGGGCGAACCCCAGUGUAUGA